GGAACCCGCAAGCCAGCGAGGGUUGGAGGCCGAGGCGCGGGCCGCCCACGUGGCCGCCCAUAGCGGCCCUUGCCUCUCGGCCUGCCGGGCCCCACCCGGGCCUCACCAUACCUUGGCGGCCGCCAUGGGGGCGCGGCGACGGCGGCUCGACUAGCUCGGGCGUCGCUGGCUCGGCGGCCUCUGGGCGGCUAGUCGCAGCUCCUUUCCUCCGCGUCUGGCGCCGGCGUCUCCCGCCCGUCCGCUCUUCCCUCCGCCCCCCGACCCGAACCCUGACCUCUGACCCCAGCGGCGGGAAACGCGCAGUGAUUCAAAACCAGUGCAGCUUUAUUGGCUCUGACGGCGGACAUUCAUUGUCCGGCCCGCCCCGCGCUUCCCGCCAAAACGCCCGCGGCGCAUGCCCGGCCGCGCCUCGGCCGGGGGGAGGGGGGGGGAGCGCGCUCUCCCGGCGACCCACGCGCGCACUUCCGUCUGCAAGCUGUGAGCGCCUUUGACGCUAGCUUGAGCGGCUGGUGGAAGGAUCAGUCAGGACUCGGCGCGUGGCGGUGACGUCAUCGGAAGCCAAGCUGCUAGAGAACGAGACGCCGCUCGUGUGCGCUGGCCGACUAAAGGCAGGCGAAGCCUGUGUCCCUCGCCAGCUCUUGGGGAGCGGGCGGUGCAUCCUCAAACCAGAGUCCCCGCUCUGAGCACCCGAGUUCUGAGUCCCUGUGUGGAGCUGCGGUAUCUGUCACGGCGACGCACCUCGUAGCCGAGCCCUCGUGAGCACCCUGGUCCAGGCAACAGACGAGCCAGGCGAUGAGUGAGAAGCUGGACACGGAAGUUCCGGAGCACAUGGAGGAUUGCGGCCCGGAUGCCAGUGCAGUACAGAGCUCUGCGGCCCCACUAUGUCAAGAAGAAAAGAAGGAGGGGCCUGGGCCAGCCGCAGGGCCUGGAACUCAGCCUGGGCUCUACAGCUACAUAAGGGAUGACUUGUUCACCUCAGAGAUCUUUAAACUGGAGCUUCAAAAUGUACCUCGCCACGCCAGCUUCAGUGACGUUCGGCGUUUUUUAGGCCGUUUUGGCUUACAAUCCCACAAGAUCAAACUCUUUGGACAACCACCAUGUGCCUUUGUAACAUUUCGCAGCGCUGCUGAACGAGACAAGGCCUUGCGAGUGCUGCACGGUGCUCUCUGGAAAGGCCGUCCACUCGGCGUACGCCUGGCCCGACCCAAGGCUGACCCCAUGGCUAGGAAGAGGCGGCAAGAAAGUGAUAGUAAGCCACCAGCAACACAAAUUGCCGAUGUGGUGACGCCUCUUUGGACAGUGCCCUAUACUGAGCAGUUGGAGCAGAAGCGACUGGAAUGUGAGCGGGUGCUACAGAAACUGGCCAAGGAGAUUGGGAGCACUAACCGUGCCCUACUACCCUGGCUGCUUCUGCAGAGACAACAGCACAAUAAAGCUUGUUGCCCACUGGAGGGGGUCAAGCCAUCACCCCAGCAGACUGAAUAUCGUAAUAAGUGUGAAUUUCUGGUUGGAGUUGGGGUAGAUGGAGAGGAUAACACUGUUGGCUGCCGGCUUGGCAAGUACAAGGGUGGAACGUGUGCUGUGGCAUCUCCCUUUGACACUGUGCACAUUCCAGAAGCCACUAAGCAGGUGGUGAAGGCCUUCCAGGAAUUCAUCCGUUCCACACCAUACUCAGCAUAUGACCCUGAGACAUAUACAGGCCACUGGAAGCAACUGACUGUUCGUACCAGCCGCCGAGGCCAGGCCAUGGUCAUUGCCUACUUCCAUCCCCAGAAACUGAGCCCUGAGGACGUGGCAGGACUAAAGGCCUCCUUGGUGUGCCACUUCAUGGAGGGGCCAGGCAAGGCCAGUGGGGUGACCUCCCUCUACUUUGUGGAGGAAGGACAGAGAAAGACUCCCAGCCAGGAAGGCCUGCCCCUGGAGCAUAUGGCUGGUGACCAGUGCAUCCAGGAAGACCUGUUAGGGCUGACCUUCCGCAUCUCCCCUCAUGCAUUCUUCCAGGUAAACACACCUGCAGCUGAGGUGCUCUACACAGUCAUCCAGGAAUGGGCCCAGCUAGACGGGGGCAGCACAGUGCUGGACGUGUGCUGUGGCACUGGUACCAUAGGCCUGGCCCUGGCUCCGAAGGUGAAAAGAGUAGUCGGGAUUGAACUGUGUCAGGAAGCUGUGGAGGAUGCCCGUAUGAACGCCCUCACCAAUGAGCUGAGCAACGUUGAGUUCCACUGUGGCAGGGCUGAGGAUCUGGUGCCAGGCUUGGUGAGCAGACUGUCUUCCCAGCAACUUGUAGCUGUUCUAGACCCACCACGGGCUGGCCUACAUUCUAAGGUGAUUCUGGCCAUCCGGAAAGCUGAGAACAUCAAGCGGCUCCUGUAUGUUUCCUGCAACCCCAGGGCAGCCAUGAGCAACUUUGUGGAUCUCUGCAGGGCCCCAUCUAACCGAGUAAAAGGCAUCCCAUUCUAUCCAGUCAAGGCUGUGGCAGUGGACCUGUUUCCACAGACUCCACACUGUGAGAUGCUUAUCCUGUUUGAGAGGAUGCAACAACACCCCAAUGGCAUAGGAGCCCUGGAGCAUCAAGACCUUCAAACCCCAAGAAAUCUUUCUGAUAUCACUACACAGGAAACAGAGACUUCUCUCUCAUCCUAGGGGAAGUACAGAAUAGUAAGCAGAGGAUGACAGAGAAGUGGUGGGGCUUGAGACUUGCCUACCUAGCUGGUUCAAAUAUUAACCUGUGUCCUAAUAAUGGGAUAGCCAGAUUCUAGAAUAAACAGUUGCUGAAUUUACUGACAUUUUUGUGGUGGGGCAGAGCCUUAACUCACUUGCCACCCAUUAAGGUACAUGCCCUGGACAGUCCUUUUUUGAAGGGUAUGACCUUGAACUCAAUAGCUUUCAUGUCCAAUUUUCCCAACAUUAGCACCAUGUGCUUGUUUUAAGACAGGAUCUCUACAUAGACCAGGCUAGCCUCACAGAUGUGCUUGCUUAACUUCAAGGUUAAAGUGUGCUGAAUGCCAGGGCUAUGGUUUAGCUAUGGUUUAGGACCAAGUAUCAACCAAGUAUUCCAGGGGGGCACUGAGGAUGGCUGAAAACAAAUCUAGGCUGAGUUCAUUUUUGAGUUACAUAUGUCCGAUAAGGCACUUAAGGGCACAAUUGACAGUCCUGGCCAGUUGAAGAUCUAUAAAUAUCCAGCACUCCCAUCAGAAGAAAGAAACCAGCCAUUCCCUUUUGGACAGUUUUAUGUGUUCAGACCAUCAGGGUACACCCUACAGCCUUGGCCAACUCACAGAAGCAGCAUCAGCACAGGCUCUCCACUUUGCAGCAUGACUAUACAUAUAAGACACACCCACCUAUAAGACAGGGAGGGCAUAGGAGACCAGGAAUGUGUAGCAGCACCUGUUGUUAACAGUGCCUGGGUUGGUGAGGCUACAGAGAUACCACCAUUACCAUAUGCUUUUCAAUGUCAAGUCGGUUUUAAGGGCAAUGGUUAGUCAAAAGACUGAACACAAUUGAAUGGGAGGCAGAAAAGAAUCAAGUGUCCAAGUCUAUCGACUUAAUUGAGGGUUCUUUUUGCCAAGAUUAACACAAACAUUAACUGCUGUCAUACACAAUUAGGGAGGAGGAAGAUGCUGUUGGGAGGCCCACAGUUGCUGUUCUGUCUUUCUGACAGCACAUGCCACACACGGAUCUUCAGGUACAUGUGAGAGAGAUACACUGAGACUGUAGAGUGUAGCCCCUCUGAUGAACAGGUACUGGGCAAACACUUGACCAAAACUAGGGCUCUGAAUACACCUCUACUCAAUACCCAUCUACAAUGAGUGCAGGUAGACAAAAACCACCUGAAAUGAGGCCUGACGGCACAGAGCAACUGCCCUUGAGAUCAAGAGAAGCCAUAGCUACUUAUGUACAAUGUGUCAGCCAGCUCUUUGUCAUUGAUGGGUUACACUAUUGAAGGCCCGUGUUGCCUAUUCAUACAUGUCCAUCUGUUGAAAUGCAUGAUUCUAAAUCUUUCAUUCUUACUGUAAAAGUUUCUUUCCAAAUUUUAAAACAUCAUAAAAGCUUUAAAAAUUGA